CGGGGAGAGAGAGUUAGUUGACGCACGCGCUUGUGGCUCCAUGCAAACCGGCGAGUUGUUUAGACAUGAAAUAAUCUGCAAUUCUACUCGCAGGAAAGAAAGAGGUAUCAACUUGUUACAGAACAAUAUCAUACUGGACCAAGCGGAUUCUGUGACCGGUUCCAGCAGGAAAGGGGCUGUUUACCGCUGCAGAAGGUGUAGGGUUUAGUUAUAAAAGAUUUGGUGUAGGUCAGGUGGUUGUGCCGAAGAGAGAAUAGCAGGUUUCUCGGAUGGAAGCUGGCUAGGGCUCGUUUUAUUUCUUGUCAAUUAGUAAAAUAGCUAGUUUUAUCUCGUCAAACACAUGACAGAUUGCCAGUAGUUGCUUCAUAGCAAAACAUAGCUAGGCCGGGUCGGCCGGUUAGCUACCGAGCUAAUGACAAGAUAGCUUGCUCAAUAGUUAUGUCGAGCAGUUUUACAAAUAAAACGUCUUUGCUAAGCAGCUCUCCACAGAGCCCUGAGAAUAGGGUCUCAUCUGUCGGCAACAACAACAGAGACUGGGACUUGGAAAAAGAUGUAUUUGUAUGCUGUUAUGAAGAGCCUAUUGGCGAAACAAUGCUGGCGGGGAUGCACUCGGUUCAGCCAGGUCUGGACAGGCACAUGCCGCUGCUGCGAGGCCGCCACCGGGUUCCUCCGGACUGUAUGAUACUGGGCCUAGAGGAGGCUUACCCCGGCUGUCACAACAACCGGAGUCCUCCCGCAGCCUACCUAGACACCGGUCCUUUGGACUUCAGUGAAAAUGACCGGAACGCCACCCCGGUGUUGGAAAGCAGAAAGAGGACUCGGAGCAGUAGUUCAAGGAACCGGUAUAAUGAGGUUGUCACAGAAUUGGGACCCGAAGAAGUGCGGUGGUUUUACAAAGAGGACAAAAAAACGUGGAAGCCUUUCAUUGGACACGACUCUUUGAAAAUUGAGGUCAUGUUCCGUAGAUUCUGCGAACUGAACCCUGGAACGACCAAGCGCCAGGGUUCUUUGGGAAUGGAUGAAGCGUACGAGGAAGAUAAUGCAAGCGGGGUGGAAGCGACAACUGGGGGGUCGAACGGAGUCGAGCGAGAUGGACCAGUGCCGGAGCCGAGAACUAGGGUGAAUAGGGACAGGGGUUCGAUGGAGAGAACGGACUCCUCAGACGGAAGAGACCUUGAUUCAAUAAACAUCAACGUAGAGGCUGUAUGUGUCAGGGGUGGGCUGUAUGAGGUGGAUGUCAAAGACAGAGAAUGCUAUCCUGUGUAUUGGAAUCAGCAGGAGAGCAUUCCUGUCAUGAGGGGCCAGUGGUUCAUUGACGGUACCUGGCUCCCAUUGGAGGAGGAUGAGAGUGACCUCAUCGAGGUGGAGCACUUGACCCGUUUCCUUGGGCAGCAAAUGCAGGACAGCUUCGACUCUGACUCUGUGGUGGCCAAGACAGUCGACAGCAAAGAUGUUCUCUCCCACCUGCCCCCUUUCUACCUCCCCUUUCUUUUCAAAUGGAGUGGAUAUCAACCGAGUGCUACAACUAAAUGUCUCAAGCGCAAGCGCUGCUCAGCUGUCCACAGUUUGAAAUUGAGUCGGACCCACGUGGACUGGCACAGUGUGGACGAGGUCUACCUCUACAGCGAUGCCACCACCUCCAAGAUCGCCCGCACUGUCACCCAGAAACUGGGCUUCUCCAAAGCCUCCAGCAGUGGUACACGGCUCCACCGGGGCUAUGUGGAGGAGGCCUCCUUGGAGGACAAGCCCCCCCAGACCACACACGUCGUCUUUGUGGUCCACGGCAUUGGACAGAAGAUGGACACAGGACGCAUCAUCAAGAACACUGGCAUGCUAAGGGAGGCAGUAAGGAAGAUGGAGGAGAAGCACUUUUCGGAGCACACAGAGGAGCACGUGGAGUUUCUGCCUGUAGAGUGGCGCUCCAAACUGGCACUGGAUGGGGAUACAGUGGACUCCAUCACCCCAGACAAGGUGCGAGGACUGAGAGACCUGCUCAACAGCAGUGCCAUGGACAUCAUGUACUACACCAGCCCCUUGUACAGGGACGAGAUCACCAAGGGCCUGACGUCAGAGCUGAACCGCCUCUACACCCUGUUCUGCUCCAGGAACCCAGAGUUUGAGGAGAAGGGGGGCAAGGUGUCCAUCGUGUCUCACUCCCUGGGCUGCGUGAUCACCUUUGACAUCAUGACAGGCUGGGACCCGGUGAAGUUCUGUCUGCAGGAGCAUCAGGAGCUGGAGGAGGAGCUGGACCUGAGAUGGGUCUCCUAUGAGGAGAGAUGCCUGCUGGAGCAGCUGCAGCUCACCAGGAACAGGUUACGAGAGCUGGAGGAUCAGCUUCAAGGCCUGGAGGCCUCCAAACCACUAGCAUUCCCUGCUCUUAAAUUUAAGGUGGAGAACUUCUUCUGUAUGGGCUCUCCCCUGGCAGUGUUCCUGGCCCUGAGAGGGAUUAGACCAGGGAACAGUGGAGAACAGGACCACAUUCUGCCUCGCUCCAUCUGCCAGAGGCUCUUCAACAUCUUCCACCCCACGGACCCCGUGGCCUACAGACUGGAGCCCCUCAUCCUUAAACAUUACAGCAACAUUGCACCUGCACAGAUACACUGGUGUAGUGCUAUAGACCCCACGCCGUACGAUGAGAUCCGUCCCACGUUCAUCAACCCGCAGAAGGACCCGACGUCGGACACAGAGAGCAUCCCCAGCCCCUCCACCUCCCCUGUCCUGGCCAGGAAAUACUAUGGAGAGUCUAUCGCCAGCAUGGGCAAGGCCAGCAUACUAGGAGCGGCCAGUAUUGGUAACAGUAUAGGGAAGGGAAUAGGAGGGAUCCUGUUCUCUCGGUUCUCUCGCUCUGCGCCCUCCGGAGUGUCCUGUGCCAUCGAGGCCGGGACCCCAGAGGGGGAGGAGCCGAAGAGGACCGGCGAUAGCCAAUCAGAUUAUGGCCUGUCGUCCACCUUGUCCCAGUCCCCCCUCCACACUCAUAGACCCCUCAGUGGAAAUGGAGCGCCGCAUCGACUUUGAACUCCGUGAGGGCCUUGUGGAGAGCCGCUAUUGGUCAGCGGUGACCUCUCAUACAGCCUAUUGGGUCUCACACGAUAUUGCGCUCUUCCUACUGACGUUCAUAUACAAGCAGGCCAACGUGCCGCCACCCACAGACAGUCCUGACCCAGAGUAAACACACAGAGCGACUCCACCAUGUCCACACUCACUCAUAGCAUCUUUAUCACCCUUUGUUACUCCAUUUUCUCUAACUAGUUUUAUACUGACACACUUCUACUAACACACAGACCUCCUUUCGUACCAUUUAGGAUGGAUACACACUCACCCAAGGGUGACACAUUGGAUUAUGGCCCCCUAAGGGGGGCAGCCUGCCUGUCACUGUGAUGACCAGUCCCAAUGCAUGCUCUGUGAAGCAUGGGGGCAUAGUAGGAUCCUCCAUCUAUCCUUCCAGCCGCCAACGACUAUGUCAGAGAUUCCAUUGCACGCUACCGAAGGGGUCUCCUCUUCCUCUUAAGAUCACAGUCUCUGUCUGAAACUGCUGCCCUCCCGGAUGUACCAAUCUCCAACUCCCCCCCCAUGUGUAGCAGGCAUGGUUCAGCCAUAGUUCAGCCCAACCCAAAGCUCUACUCUCCUCCACAGACUCUCCAUGGAGCUGUAGGACGCACAAGCCAGCCUGGACCCCUCAGUAACCUCCCUCAUCCACACUGGUCUGUAUCUUCUUACCCUGAGUUACGUUUCCAUCGACAAGAACCUGGGCUGGAUAUUGGGACCCUCAAAUAAUGGAAAGACUUAUGAAGGAAGUGAAAUUUGUGUAACUUUGUCUCAAAACGUAUAUUACUGUCUAAGUGAACUCAAUGCAACUUUCAAAGGGGUCUAAAUCUUAUUUCUAUAAUAGAAUGUUAAUAUAUUUCCCUAAGAAAAUAAUACUAGAGAUUGUUUUUCCUUUAUUUGUUGUGGAAAUGUAAAGAAAGUGGGAGACGAACUUGUCUCGCUGUACUUCGAUUUAGUGUUCCUCCUUUUCAUUACCAUUUGACCAUCGAGUGAAGAAGUAUCAAUUGACAGUAGUGAGCAUGCACCUCACACAAAGCUCUGCAAAAAGCCAUUUUCAUUUUUUUAUACAACAAAGUGAUUAGAUGACGUACAGUUGAAGUCGGAAGUUUAAAUACACCUCAGCCAAAUACAUUUAAACUCAGUUUUUCACAAUUCCGGACAUUUAAUCCUAGUAAGAAUUCCCUGUCUUAGGUCAGUUAGGAUCACCACUUUAUUUUAAGAAUGUGAAAUGUCAGAAUAAUAGUAGAGUGA